AUGGGAAGUAUUGAUGUUCAAGAGACUCAUGUUCUAAUGGUAGCCUUACCAUUCCAAGGUCACCUCAAUCCGAUGCUCAAAUUCGCCAAACAUCUUGCACGAACCAACCUACACUUCACUCUCGCCACCACUGAACAAGCCUGUGACCGUCUCUCAUCCACCGACGAACCUCAUAGCCUCGUGGACCUUGUGUUCUUCUCCGAUGGUCUGCCUAAAGAAGAUCCAAGAGACCCCGAACCGCUCGCAGAGUCACUGAGAAAAGUCGGACCCAAGAAUUUGUCGAAAAUCAUAAAAAAAAAGAGAUUCGCUUGCAUUAUCUCUGUGCCGUUUACUCCAUGGGUUCCAGCUGUUGCAGCUGCUCAUAACAUUCCUUGUGCAAUCCUCUGGAUCGAAGCUUGUGCUGUUUUCUCGGUUUAUUACCGUUACUACAUGAAGACAAACCCUUUCCCCAAUCUCAAAGAUCCUAAUCAAACCGUGAAGUUACCAGCCUUACCGUUAUUAGAAGUCCGAGAUCUCCCGUCCUUGAUGUUACCUUCUGAAGGUGCUCACUUCAACAAGCUAAUGGCGGAAUUCGUAGAUUGCUUGAAAGAUGUGAAAUGGGUUUUGGCUAAUUCAUUUUACGAACUCGAAUCGGAGAUAAUCGAAUCGAUGUUUGAUUUAAAACCUAUUAUCCCAAUUGGUCCUCUGGUUUCUCCAUUUCUAUUAGGAGCUGAUGAAGACAAAACCCUAGAUGAUGGGAAAAACCUAGAUAUGUGGAAAUCAGAAGAUCAUUGCAUGGAGUGGCUUGACAAGCAAGUUAGGUCUUCCGUGGUUUACAUAUCUUUCGGAAGCAUACUUAAAUCGUCAGAGAAUCAAAUCGAGACCAUAGCUACAGCUUUGAAAAACAGAGGAGUUCCGUUUCUAUGGGUGAUACGGCCCAAGGAGCAGCCUCAAAACGUUCAAGUUUUGCAGGAGAUGGUGAAAGAAGGUAAAGGAGUUGUUAUUGACUGGGGUCAACAAGAGAAGAUACUGAGUCACGUGGCUAUCUCUUGCUUCGUCACGCAUUGUGGAUGGAACUCGACGAUCGAGACGUUGGUGACUGGUGUUCCGGUGGUGGCGUAUCCGAGUUGGAUUGAUCAGCCGCUUGAUGCGAGAUUGCUUGUGGAUGUGUAUGGAAUCGGAGUAAGGAUGAGGAAUGAUGUCGUCGACGGAGAGCUUAAGGUUGCUGAGGUUGAGAGAUGCAUUGAGGCUGUGACGGAAGGUCCCAACGUCGUGGUUAUGAGGAAGAGAGCAGCGGAGUUGAAGAACGCAGCAAGAUUAGCGAUGGCGUCUGGUGGUUCUUCAGCUCAGAAUCUGGACUUGUUCAUAAGUGAUAUCAAAAUCGUUACUUGACUUGUUUCUUCGAUAACCGGA